CGUUUCACAAUCAGUUGUAAUUGUUGCAAUGUAGUAUUGUAGUGUAUUCUCUGGGCAUUCGUCGUCAUCAUUCGUCAUUCAGCUACUUUAAUCUCUAUUCAGCGUGCGCCGUGAAACAACCGUGUCAUUUUAUUACGUCAUAACUUAUCGGAAAAUUGGGAAGAAUUGAAGAAACGGGAUGUUGGCAGCAAAGAUCUGCCGAGCUGGCGUCUCGCCAGGCUUGGCGUCGUUCGUUCGAACUCCGACGAUGUCACAAUUCUCCAAGGGUCAAAUCGCGAGAUUAUUCGUUAACGAUGGACGCAGUUCAUACACGAGGACCACGAGAAGAAGAGCCACCGUGGCGGAGCAAGCAAUGGCCCCAGCCGGCGAAACAGCAAUUAACAUUGGGAAAGCAGCGGUUGCUGGAGGAGCAAUGAUGGGGUUAGGUGGUCUUUGUUAUUAUGGAUUAGGUCUUUCUUCACGAACGGGCACUAUAGAUCACGCACACUUAUGGCCUCAAUAUGUCAGAGAGAGAGUGAAAUCUACUUACAUGUACUUUGGUACGUCAAUUGCGGCCACCGCAGCGUCCGCAGCUAUAUGCCUGCGUUCUCCCGCUGUAAUGAAUCUGAUGAUGCGUCAGGGAUGGAUUGCUAUAGGUGUAUCAUUGGCUGCAAUGAUUGGCAGUGGCAUGAUUGUACAAGGGCUUCCAUACAAGGAAGGAUUCAAUAGCAAACAUGUAGCUUGGUUAGUACAUACUGGCAUCUUGGGUGCUGUUGUAGCACCGUUAACUCUCUUAGGUGGAUCAUUAGUCCUCCGAGCAGCUUGGUACACCGCUGGAAUAGUUGGUGGUUUGUCAACGGUCGCUGUUUGCGCGCCUAGCGACAAAUUUCUAGCAAUGGGUGGUCCACUUGCUAUUGGUUUAGGCGUGGUAUUUGCCAGCUCGCUCGGCUCCAUGUUUCUCCCACCUACAACUGUUCUUGGAUCCGGACUGUAUUCCAUAGCUCUUUAUGGUGGUCUCCUGCUAUUUUCUGGAUUCCUACUUUACGAUACGCAGAAGAUUAUCAAGCAUGCAGAAACUUACCCAAUGUACAACAUUCAUGAUAGGCCAUACGAUCCGAUUAAUAAUGCAAUCUCGAUUUACUUGGAUACAUUGAACAUAUUCGUGCGAGUUCUGACCAUAUUGGCCAGUAGCGGUAAUAGACGUAAAUAGAAGAGUAGGAUGCGACAACUAAAUAACAGCAGAAUAUUAAAAAAACUUAUAAAUUACACAUAUAUUUUAAUUUAAUUAUAAUAUUUGUUCAAGUAAGAAUAAAUUGUACAGUUUUAAAUUAAUAAAUUUAAGCAUUUUA